CUCUCCUUCCAACCAACCACAGUAGCUAGUCUGUUAGCUAGCUAACUUUAAAGCCUCCAAAGACAUGAGCCGCAAAAGAAACCACAGUUUCACCGAAACAAGCCUUUCUCCCGACCCCCAAAACACAUUCAUGGACACGCCGGGGCCUACGGCGAGAGCCGAAGAUGAUUUCUUGGAAUUCGAACCCGACGAGGAGCUACUCUGCUCGGUGAGCGACAUCACCGAACACCUUGGAAGAAACAUAACAGUGGUGCUCGAAACAGCAUUGUCCGAAAUCAGGAAAAUUGUCAGCGUCAGGAUACGGGUUCUGAAAAUUGAGCUGCGGGAGAAAACAGACGAAAUUGAAGUCCUUAAAGCAAGGCUGGAGAUACAAAGAGACGGUAGGGACCCGUACCCCAGCGGAAUGACCACCGAGGCAUCAUCUGUAUUCCGAAAAUCAGACUUCCAUUCGGGCAGCAAGCACAGCAACGACCCCAAGAAAGCCAAACCAGCCAUGCCUGGCGUAAAGAAAGAAAACAUCAAUGCAAUUUGCGAUUAUCUGAUGAAAGAUAAGAAUUCACGGGGGGCUGAAGCGGACAGCGACCCGAGCAAUCCUCCGUCUGGUAGUGACAGGGACAGCCGCCACGAACCCCAGCCGCACUCCCUCAACCUGUGGCCGGACACCAUCCCUGACGCGGGGUCUGGGGAUGAGGAGUCGGACUCGAACACGGAUGACCUAUUCGGCAUACUACCAUCGGGAAGCAAACGGAUCUACGACUAUGAAUGGAUGACGGGUGUGGAGUACACGUCGGAUUUGAAAGGUAUGAGGGAGCCUAAAUGUGAGACAAUACCAGAUGAAGACGAAGAAGAGAAAGACGAGGAAGAGUGUGAUGAGUCAAACGAAAGGGAUGGUGGAUUGGAGCAUCCCUCAGCACCUUUCUCCCAUGACGCCCACACCCCUGACUUUCCCCUGCCCCCCCAGGCCUCUUCAGGAGGGGAGGGGGGCGGUUCUGUGGAGGACCAUGUGGAUCGACUAGAACCAGGCCAGCAGUUUCCCUCCCACACAUACCUCUGCCCGCUGUGUGGAACCUUCUGCCCCGACUCCUUGUUCCUGGAGGAACACAUCAAACUGAUACACGGCAACACCACCGGCACCCACAGCGCCCUGCAGUCCACCUCCACCACACUCCUCACCCUGGGGGAGGGUAGCAGUAACUCAAAGCGGGGGUUGGGGGUGCUGGAAGGUGGGAGCAUGGGGGCUGGGUCUGGGGGGAUGAGCCUAGCAAGAGGAGGAGGCACGAGGGAGAAGAAAGUGGAAGGGGGCUACGAGUGUGGCGACUGUGGCCGCCAUUUCAACUACUUGGGCAACCUACGGCAGCACCAGCGCAUCCAUACAGGGGAAAAGCCCUUCAUAUGCCCCGAGUGUGGGGAGAGGUUCCGGCACGCUGCCCGAUUGAAGAGUCACCGGCUGGGGCACAAUGGCGGGCAGAGCCCCUUCCCUUGCCCCCAGUGUGGGAAAGGCUUCCCGGUGCUCUCCGGCUUAAAGAGGCACCAGCGGGUGCAUACAGGGGAGAGCCCCUACGCGUGCCAGCAGUGUGGGCGGCGCUUCAAGGAGCUUGGUAACCUGUAUACCCACCAGAGGAUCCAUAGUGGUGCCACACCCUAUUGCUGCCAGCAAUGUGGGAGGAGCUUCCGUCACCUGGGCACCUACAAGAGCCACCGCUGCACCCCAAUACAGUGA